UAUCGAUUCUGAAUGUUCGAUAUAAUUCUAUUUCAUAGUCACAUAACCAAGUAAACAUGGAGGAGAGUAAGAAUAAAUUAGAUAUUGAGAUUGAAUCACAAAAAAAAUCUUAUGCUGGUAUUCCAGAAGCAGACUUUGUAGAAGAUGUAGAUGCAUUUAUGGCAAAACCAGAGAACGAAUCCGUGAAUAAAGUUCUCCAAAAACUAGAUGAAAAUCAUAUGAAAUAUAAAUUCAUGGAAUAUAAUUUGGUUAAUAAAAGAAGACGAUUAAAAGCACAGAUACCAGAUCUAGAAAGAUCAUUAGAAAUGAUCGAAAAAUUACAGAUUGAAAAAAAUAAUAGUCAUGAUUUAGAAACUCAAUUUCUUUUAUCUGAACAAGUUUUUGCAAAAGCUACUAUUCCACCUACAGGUAAAGUUUGCCUUUGGCUCGGAGCAAAUGUUAUGUUGGAAUAUACGCUUGAUGAUGCUCAAGAAAUGUUGACUAAAAAUAUUGAAGCAGCUAAGAAAAAUUUAGGAUAUGUGGAACAUGACUUAGAUUUUGUCAGAGAUCAAUUUACCACUAUGCACGUAAAUAUGACAAGGAUUUAUAACUGGGAUGUUAAGCGUAGACAAGCACUUAAGAUUCCAUGAAAUUAUUUUCUAUUCAUUACUCUUGUACACAACUUCUAAAGGAAUCUACAAAUUUUACUUCUAAUAUCUGCUUAUAUUUUAAAUGAGUUUAUAUCAUCAAUAAAAUACAUGAAUUACAAAAAAUAUAAACCAGUUUUUAUUUUCAUGGUACAAUAAGCUAAAAACUUAAAGGUAAAAUUGUGCGAAGCUAUUUUUAUAAUAGUUAUUUAUUUAUGAAAAUAUAAACAGGCAAAAGUAAACAUAUGUAUGAUGAUUACUGAAUAAAUAUUAUUAUUGUAAUAAUACUUUGCUAAUGGAUGUAAAUGUAAAAGAAUACAUGUGAGAUCAUAGAAUAUAAUACUGGAGGAAAUACUACUAGUACUAUAUAAUUUUUGGUAUGGAAAAUAUUUAUUUAAAUUUAAAUCUGAAUUAUUGGCAUCAUAGCUAUUAAUUUUGAUAAUUAAAUGCUAUUAUAUGAUAGUAUGUGUAAAAUGUAAAGUACAAUUAUCAUAAAUUUAGGUUUAAUUAAAUCGUGAAACAAUUUAAAAAAUGAAGUCAUUUUUAUAGUUAGAUGAUUUGAGACAAUUAUUUUCAGAUUUUUAUAUUUUUUAUACAAUUAAAUUUUAAAAAUAUUGAAAAUACAUAUACAAAGAUAUAAUUAGUGUAAUUCUGUCAGUGCUUAGUUAAUAUUCAGUUUCCAUUAUUAUUUUAUUAAUAUAAAUGUGAGAAAAUCUGCAUUUAAUCAUUUGCUUCGUCUAGUUCAUAUUUAACUAGUUUUUCUCUUAAUUCAGUAAUCUUUGCUCUAGCAUCGUCUAAUUCCUUCUUUAAUGUAUUAAUUUCUAGACUGUUUUCGGUUAUGUCUCCAAGAUUCUUACGUAUAUACCUAUAAACUUUUAUUAAGGAUAAAUUUUAUUUUCCUUUUUAAACAUUAUAUUUAAAAUCCCCAUUUUAUAUUAUACUAAUAAAAUAAAGGAUACUCUAACGCAUCAUUUGGUUUUUCUGUUUCCUCAUACAGCGAUACAAGUACUUUAGUAAGGGCAUCCAUAACGCCUGCUCUUUCCAAAUAUUUUCGGAAUUCCUCUUUUUUAGAAUCACUUGGCUAAGAUAAUACAUUUAAAAGUGAAAAGUUAAUAAUAAUGAGCAAUUAAUUUUGUAAUCUAUACAUUAUCUUUGCUCAGACUCAUUGAUACUAUUUCGUUAGAAGUGUAAGAAGUGAAGUGUAAAAACACAUGUAUAGUAAUGUAACAUAAAAAUAAAUUAAUGUUUAGUGAUA